AUGGCUGAGUCGUUGAUGGGAAGCAGUGAUUCAGAUGAUGAGACACCACAGUUCACGGAGGAAGAGAUUGAAGAAGCCAUUUGGUCUGACUUUCCCACUUCGGAGUUCUGGACAGACGAGGACAACCUUGACAUGCUCCAGGCAAUUCUAGAUUUCCAGUUCAAUGCCUAUCCUGGGAGUGAGUUUGAAGCAGAUGUUGAGUAUUACAGGACUUCCAGGCUUGUGGUCUAUUGUUUGGUUUGUAGUAAUGUGGAACUUAAGUCCUAUGAACAUUUUAGCACUCAUGUUGCUGGAGAACCACACAAGAAGAAGGCUGCUAGGUCAGGGUGUGGAGACACCUACUCUACCUUGAAAACCAUUUCCCUGGUGCCAAUUUCCAAAGCUAAAAUGACAUAUGCAGAAGGCACCUUAGAGUAUGAGCUUCAAGGAUCUAGUGUUCCAGUUAUUGGUAAGGGACAGGAACUGCCAAAAAGGAUGAUUGUGUGA